ACGCAUCUCUGUUUUACUUUUAGCGUGUCUUGCUUUCCUUUGUCGUCUUGGAAACCCUUUUUCCUGAUUUGCUCGCCUUCUUUCAAGGAAGAGAAGGCCCUAAAAGGAGGAAUUUUUAGACCGACGCGCCGAUCUCGUCCCCUUCGCCUCGCGAUUUCUCGAGGCAGCUGGAUCAACAUGUCGUCCCCCAGCAAGCGCCGCGAGAUGGACCUGAUGAAACUGAUGAUGAGUGACUAUAAGGUGGAGAUGUUGAACGAUGGGAUUCAGGAAUUCUUAGUGGAUUUCCAUGGCCCCAACGAAAGCCUUUAUCAAGGAGGUGUUUGGAGGGUAAGGGUGGAAUUACCAGAUGCUUAUCCUUACAAAUCUCCGUCCAUUGGAUUUAUCAAUAAGAUGUAUCAUCCUAAUGUAGAUGAGAUGUCUGGUUCAGUUUGUUUGGAUGUAAUCAACCAAACUUGGAGUCCCAUGUUUGAUCUUGUUAAUGUAUUUGAGGUUUUUCUUCCACAACUCCUUUUAUAUCCAAAUCCUUCAGACCCAUUAAAUGGGGAGGCUGCAGCAUUAAUGAUGCGUGAUCGACCUGCUUAUGAGCAGAAAGUGAAAGGCCUUUUACCCCUCAUGCCGUCAACUCUAAUCUAUUUAACUCAUUGUCAACAUCAAGUUAUGUCUCCCAAAUAUUUGAGAUCAGAAUACUGUCAAAAAUACGCCAAGCCUGAAGAUGUAGAGGCUUCCCUGGGAGAGAAAUCAAGUGAUGAAGAGCUGAGCGAAGAUGAAUACGAUUCUAGUGAUGAACAAGUGGUUGGGAAACCUGAUCCUUGAUGAACAUUGCCUGUUGAUUGUACAUUGUCUCUGUACCAGCUACUGGAAAUAUCAAACUCUUCAUUUCAUGUGCCGCUACUGUAAAUAAGCAAUACUAAUCAUCAAGUUGUUUAUGUCUGUUGGAUUAAUGGAUCUAACGAUCAUUGAAUA